AUGAACUCCUCCUCCUCCUCCUCCUCCUCCGCACUGACCAACUCCACCUCUUCUUCCGACCCCGACACGCCACCCUCCUCCUCCUCCGCAGUCCGCCGUGCACUACUCUUAAUCCAGUCUGAUGAUUUGAGUUUGAAGAUAGAAGCGGCGAAGGAGAUAAGAAGGUUAACCAAGACUUCUCAGAGGUGUAGGAGGCAGUUAGCUUGUGCUGUUAAGCCGUUGGUUUGUAUGUUACGAGUUGGUGAUGAUGACUCUGUUGAGUCGAACGAAUCGGCUCUCUUGGCUUUGCUCAAUCUUGCCGUUAAAGAUGAGAAGAACAAAAUUAGCAUCGUGAAAGCUGGAGCUUUAGAACCCAUCAUUAGCUUCCUUCAGUCACAAAAUUCAAUCUUGCAGGAGUAUGCAACUGCAUCUUUGCUCACCCUAUCUGCCUCUACCAUUAACAAGCCAGUUAUAAGUGCUUCUGGUGCCAUUCCUCUCCUUGUUGAAAUCCUCAGAAAUGGGAACGCACAAGCCAAAGCGGAUGCUGUAAUGGCUCUUUCUAAUCUUUCAACACUCCCUGAUAAUCUCGACAUAAUUCUCAAAACAAAUCCAAUACCUUCCAUAGUUAGUUUACUAAAAACCUGUAAAAAAUCUUCAAAAACAACUGAAAAAUGCUGUGGUCUCAUAGAAUCUUUAGUUGGUUUUGACGAAGGUAGAAUUGCGUUGACAUCUGAAGAAGGUGGAAUCCUUGCUGUUAUUGAAGUGCUUGAAAAUGGGUCUCCCCAGAGUCGAGAGCAUGCAGUUGGGGCACUCCUAACGUUGUGUCAGGGCGAUCGUUGUAAAUAUAGAGAACCAAUCCUCAGAGAAGGUGUGAUCCCCGGACUUCUUGAGCUCACUGUUCAAGGAACACCCAAGGCCCAGCCAAAAGCACAAACACUGUUACGCUUGCUGAGGGACUCUCCAUACCCGAGAUCAGAACUUCAACCAGACACACUAGAGAACAUUGUGUGCAACAUCAUCUCCCAGAUAGAUGGAGAUGAACAAUCUGGUAAAGCAAAGAAGAUGCUGGCUGAGAUGGUGCAAGUUAGCAUGGAACAGAGCUUGAGACAUCUACAACAAAGGGCUUUGGUAUGUACACCUACUUCAAAUGACCUCCCUAUCAGUAGUAGUUGCACUUCCGAAGUAUCUUCAAAUAUUCUCUUAACUUCUCUCGUGAUAAUGGCUAGAAACUCCAAUGAAAUUGAAAACCAAGAGAUUUCAAACAUGGAAGAAGGUCUUGCCGUCUCCACUGACCCCAGUGCCAGUGGCAAAUUUGAUUGUUGUUCAUCACCUGCAGCCCCGACCAUCUCACAAAAGGCUCCUUUUUACGUCAUAGCUCAGCUAAUGGGAUCAUUUCUUGCUAGUGGCACAUUAGCUCGAGUGCUAGAUGUAACUCCUAAAGCGUAUUUUGGAACUGUACCAGUGGGUUCAACUGGGCAGUCAUUGCAGGUGGGAGAUCUAGCUGGGCUUGCUGUUGGAAUGACCAUACUAUUAAAUGUCUUCGUUGCCGGGCCGAUUUCAGGAGCUUCAAUGAACCCUGCAAGGAGUAUCGGCCCUGCCCUUGUUAUGCAUGAAUUCAAAGGAUUGUGGGUGUAUAUUGUAGGACCAAUUAUUGGAACCCUAGCAGGAGCCUUCGCAUAUAACGUCAUAAGAUCUACAGACAGGUCACUUGGUGACCUAACCAAGGAUUUUCUAGACUUGGUGUUCCUAAUCGAAGACAAGCAUUUUCCUUCCGUCGGUGCUACGUUCGGAAUAAAAAUCUUUUCUUCAAAUAUUGAUACUGACGAACGUGAUUGGAGAGAGUUCAGU